AUGCCACAUCCAACGGGCGUCCGCGUCUUGAAUCGACCUUCGGUCUUCUCCAACAUCACCAAGAAAUCGGCCAAACGUAACAUCGAUCCCGAAAAGCUCGACCACGUCGUCCGCACUGACCUGGCCGAUCCUCCGCUUUCACGAGGUAGCAUGGACAGGCUUCACUCGCGCGACGUCCGCAAGUCCCUGACCGCCCAUCUACCCGGUCGUUCUUCAUCGCCGGCGAGUAAGAGCAAAGCCAGCCCGAAACCAUCCCCCAGGAUAGCUCCUGCCAAACCCGCUAGAUUGGCUAUAGAGAUCGAGUCCCCACCACUGAUUCUCCAUGGCUCUCCAUCACACAGCACUGGUGCCUUGCUCUCUGGCCAGUUGCUUCUGACCGUCACUGACCCGGAAGUCACCAUUCAGUCUUACGAAAUGAUCCUCCAAGGCAGGAUGACAACACGGAAACCAGUGGGCAAAGAUUGUCCUGAGUGUACCACCAAGAUCUCGCAUGUUCGUCAAUGGAACUUUCUCUCCGAAGCAACCCUGUUCAAGGUCGGCGCUCACAACUUCCCAUUCUCCCAUCUCCUCAGCGGUCAACUCCCAGCAACAUGUCAUAGCGAGCUUGGUCGUAUCGACUACUUCCUCCGCGCUGAAGCGACUACUUCCCUGGGCGAUAAAUUCGCCACGGAAUAUGCCUUGCCUGUGCAGCGCGCUCUCAUGCCCGGAUCAGAUCGAAACGCUCAACGUGUGUUUCCGCCGACUAAUUUAAGCGCUAUCGUUGUCCUUCCUCCAGUCAUUCAUCCGAUAGGUUCCUUUCCGGUGCAGAUGCGGCUCACAGGACUGGUUGAAUCAGCACUCAAAGACGCUCAGAAACGGUGGCGCGUUCGUAAGAUGAGCUGGAAAAUCGACGAAACAAGUCGUGUCGUCAGUGCCGCUUGUUCUAAGCAUGCCCACAAAGUUGGGGGCGAAGGGAAGGGUGUCUUGCAUGAGGACACCAGGACGAUCGCGACAGAGGACAUCAAGCAGGGGUGGAAGACAGAUUUUGAUAUUCCUGGCGGACAGAUUGAGAUUGAAUUCACAGCCGCACUAAAUACUAACAAGCAACCGGUCUGUGAUGUCGAGUCUCCAAAUGGAUUGUCAUCGUCCCAUCUCCUGGUCCUGGAAAUCAUUGUCUCGGAAGAGCAGGUAUCGCUGAAGGGAGCUAAAUACGCAACGCCGACUGGAGGAGCCAGAGUUUUGCGUAUGCAAUUCAAAAUUAUUGUCACAGAGAGAGCUGGGAUGGGAAUCAGCUGGGACGAAGAACUACCCCCGCCUUAUGAGGAUGUGCCACACUCCCCUCCAGGAUACUUGAGUGAAUUCCAGGGCGAUAUCAAUCAGCUGCCUCGAAUUGAAGAACUUGACCUUGGAGAUUCUGUGGAGGUUGACAGCUCCUCUGGGCGAGCUUGA